UACAAUCCGAUUACAAAAAAAGUAAAAUAAUACAUAGAUGGCAGUGGUAAAGGAAAUAUAAAAUUUAGCUUUAUAGUGAGUGCAUCCUUUGAAAGCAAUGUAAAUGAAAGUUUGCUUGGUUAUGUGUUAUAUGAAUGCUAUAAAAUUUAAAAAUCGGAUCAACAAAUCAUGAACAACAAUAUAACACAAAUAUAUUAGUGAUAUUGAAUCAGAUUAAUUCUGAAGUUAAUCAGAUCAUUUAGAAUUUCAUUAAUUCCAUUCGAAUGUGUGAUUAUUUACUGUAGGCGUGUGUGUAUUACUUAAAAAACUUGUAAGCGUAUGUAACUGCAUUUGCUGCUUGCCUGUGCUCAGAUGUAAUCUGCUUUUUGUAAAAUUAACAAAUAUCAAUGAUAACAAAGGUUGCAAUUAUAGAAGUAUUAACAUCCAUAUACAUACAAUUGUCGACGUACAUAAGUAAGUUCAUCUGCUGCUGUUGUUGCAAUCUGAAAAAGAAAGUGAAUUUUUGCGUGCGUCUCAGUUGUUUUUCGGGUUUUCAUAUGUGAAAUGUGACGAAAGAAAAAAGCUACAAAAAAUUAAUGUGAAAAGCAAAGCAAAGCAAAGAAAUCAACACAAAUAUAAAAACAACGACGUCAGGGCCGUCUAGCUGGCCACAAAGAGUGUAGGCCUUCACAGGCGCAAAGCAGAUGGAUGCCAAGCUCUAGCUGUAUAGUAUACACAACAAACAUUUGCACAUCAUAUAGGUGUACAUACAUACAUGUACAUAUAUACAAGCAAAAGCUACUUAGCGGGUGUGUACGCGAUUGGAUGCCGCAUAUGGCGUAGCUACAUACAUACAUAUAAAUUUAACAACAUGCGCUAAAUUGAGUGAAAUGUGAAAUUUUGACAUGUUUUCGUUUUAUAAAUAAAACCAAUUAGAUGUCAUCAUUUCGCGUUAAUUAUGCAUGUUAUUUGAGGUAUUCAUUCACACAAACACUUUUUACAAUUCCCAUUGAAAAGUGUUUACCGCUCAAUGCAAACGUCUACAAAUUGAAGUUAAAAAAUUAAAGCAAUUGUUCUUGUAUAAUCCCUGACAAAUCAGUAAUUGAUUGGCAAUGAACGCGACCUUGAACUUUGAAGCGAUAACAUCAAGCGACCGGCCACGAUGGUCGCUACAUCAAAAUAACAACAACAAAACUUCACACUACUACCUAUCCGAGGCUAUCACACACACAACAGUCAAACGCGGUGUCGCAGAUGUGAGGGAUAAUGAAAUGAUGGAAGAAACUACGAACACUUGUAGCAGUACGCCCAUCCGCACGCCUGCCAAUUUUUUCGACGAAGGAUGUCUACUCUUCGACAGCGAAUUCUCCGCACGCUCAUUGCACAAAAGUAACAGUUAUAGCGGGUCCAUGCGGCCAAAAGCGUUGACACUCAAACAGAAAUAUUUGAACGGACGCAUUGUCGCCAGUUUGACGGACGAUGAUAUUGCAAGCACUACUUUGAGGAAUGCCUUUCAAACAGCCCCAACAUCCACUAUCGAACUCGAAUCAAAUACAAUUAACAACUACGACAAUGAUGCGGUCGUUGAACUUAAUGACGAACACGAUCUACUUAUGCCAAACCCAACCGUCGCCGGCCGCAGUGCCGACGACAACUACAGGAGAAGUUUAGCCGGCAACAGUCCACGGCGUAGUAUACGUGGUGCGGUAAAGGCGCGUAAUCGUAUGUGUUGCAGUCGAAAAGUUGUCCUUGGUUUCCUGCUGCUUAUACUUGCAAUUGCAGCAUUUCUGUUAUUUGCAUAUCUGACACGCGAUUACACCAAACAUUUUUUACUUUGGAUCGAAGCACAAAACCCGUGGGCUAUAGUCGCUAUACUGUUGGUGUGUUUUGUGGUCGUCAGUUUUCCAAUAAUUGUGGGUUACUUUGUGCUAAUGCUCACUUCCGGUUACCUGUUUGGUGCCAUAAAGGGACUGCUCAUUGUGAUAGUUGGUGCAAAUCUGGGCGUGGCUGUGUGUUAUUGGACAUUGCGGAGUUUCCGACAAUACAUCCCAGUUCAUAGAGUAAUUAGUAAUGAAACAGCGCGUGCUAUAUUGCGCGUCAUAUCGGGGCCGAAAGCAUUUAGAGUCGUGUUGUUUACACGCCUCACGCCCAUUCCAUUUGGUGUGCAAAAUCUGAUAUUUGCGAUCAGUACUAUUAAUCCCAGCGCUUACCACACGGCGUCGCUUAUAGGCCUGUUGCCAGCGCAGAUCAUCAAUGCUUAUUUGGGCUCAACUUUGAGGUCGAUGCAGGAAGUGCUGAAUAAUCAUGGCACAGCGGUGACUGGGUAUAUUAGUUUCGGCGUAGAGGUCAUCUGCGGUGUCGCUCUUAUGGUUUGGGUCAUACAAAAGGCGCGUAAAGAAUUAACCCAGACACUACUCUCUGAUCCUAACAACGAAGGCAAACUAAUCGAAAUAGAUGUGUGAUUGAUGUACAAUACAUAUGCUAGUACAAAGCGUAUACCAGCAGGCUAGGCAGUAGUAUAUACAAUAAGCAAUAAGAAUAGAUUUUAAAUGCUCAAAUAAAGCUCGAAAA